AUCACUCUAUCGGUUCAAUUAGUUCAAGUUGUUAUUUUGCUGCUUUUGAAAUUUGUUGUUGCAUCAGAAGAUGACGCAGGUGGGUGCAAUUUUGUCAAUACUUUAUUAGAGAUAUUCAAAUUUGACAUUCACUACCUCUCACUGGAUAGUACGCAUCUGAUUGGUUAAACAAAUAUACAAAUGCAUCUGAUUGGUCAAAAUAAAAUUUGAACCUUUCUAUUAUUUCGAGGAGAUUCAUGCAUUGAAUGGAAGAAUCAGAAAGUAAAUCAAAUUUGUAAAUUUGUCCGAAACAGAUCGAUGAUUUGGAGAACCUGGCCGAAACUGAUCGCAUCACUUGUACAUAUUCCUAUUCUCCAUUAACAAGGCCAAUUCAGUACCCAGUUGACAUGACGGGCCGUUGUUGGUAGUAGACAGUCAAUCGUCUCUGAUGUAAUAGCUGCCCGCUUUAUUCGAGCACGAAAUUGAGCAGUUUAAGCUGAUAUAGAUAUAAAGUCUGUUACAUACGCCGUCGUUCCAGCUACUAUAUAAUAAUCGCUUCUAAAGAGAAUCAGAUCACUCAUAAAUAUUUUCCUGUUUAGUCGUUGUGGUUAAGACCUUGGCUGGAAAGAUUGCAGGAAAAAUUGAAGAAACAAAACUCUAUGGUAUAUCUGUUCAAAAAUUCCUCAAUAUCUACUAUGCAGAAGCACCAGUUGGAAAGUUAAGAUUUAUGAAACCUCAACCUAGGAAACCAUGGAAAGGUAAGAGUGAUAAAACACUGCCAGGUAUUAUUAUUGAGUCUUUUAUAUCUAAGUCCUUAUUGUUCUAGAUAAAAAAUCUUAGAUCGUGGAGUCAUACAUCCAAGUAUCGCGAAAACCUUUUGGUACUUGCAAAUUAAUUCUAUGCCUUCCAAAACUAAAUGCAGGAAACUUUAUUCAUUUCUCAAAUUUUUCUUUUUUACAUCUUAGCUGUUCCUCCAUGCAGCGCUCUUUGUUUUCAACAAGAGAUAAUUUGGGAGGAAACAAAUAUGAUACAUGAACACAGAAAUACGGUAUACAAAAACCUAUUUUACAAGAAACGACUACACUUCCUGAAUAUUCUUGGAAAUCAUAUUGAUAGCAUAAUUAUUUUCGACUUCACCACUUCAUAAGUUCAUCAAGUCUAGUUAAUUUCUGAACCUAAAAACUAUGUUUUUGUUUUCAUAAAUUAAAGGACGUUUAAAAAAGCCAGACGAUACGCCAAUCUCGUGUCCUCAAGGAGUUCGAGUUCCUUACAUAAUGACUGAAGAUUGUCUCAUACUGAAUGUCUGGACACCACACCCAAGACCGAAAUCUGCUGCUGUCAUGGUAAGACCAUGGAUAAUAAAAUAAAUGGAUAGGAAACUAGCUGACGUGAUUUAAUGUUUUCAAUGGGCUGAUGGCGUGGUUGGAUGUCCAAACCUAUAGUCGCAAACCAAAUUCUCAAAAACGGCAUGUUUAGCAAUAAUACAGCUAAACAUUUUAGUCAAAGAGCAAAUAAAUAUAACCACGCCAUUCUACGAUGAAAACUCGAAGUAUUCCCAGUCAAUUUUAGCAAAUAUUUCAAGCACUAAAAAAAAAUACAUCGCAAAUUUCGUUAAAAUUUGUGACGCCAAUUUCGUAGCUACAAAUGUAAAAAAAUACACAAAACAAAGACGAAAAACAUUUACCUUGAAUACUUUGUCGUGGCUUAGGCAUGUUUUUAAAACAAUUAGACCAGUUUAUGCUUCAAUAUUACCUUUUUAAAGUGGAAAAUAUAGCAAAACAACAAAAAUGCCGAGAACUUUGGUAAUAUUCGCAAUACGCGUGACGUCACGUUUUUCAACAAGGAUGAGGUCAAUGAUGUCAGGAAGUUUCCUAUCCAGUUAUUUUACAAUCCAUGGUAAGACGCUGUUCGGUUUCUAAAUUUAAAUUUAAAUUAAAACUCUUUGGUUUUUAUCGUUUUUUAUACUAUAGUGUACUGUAUAUGCGAGACAUUUUGCACAAUUGCACUAUUUAUAUGCUUUAAAUUCGGAGGAAAGUAUCAAUCUUCGACAGACUUGCAAAGGGUGUUCAACUUUCCUCCUGGUAAGGUUUCAAAUUUUUAAACCUCGUCAAAAUAAUAAUGUGAAUUAUGCAAUUAGAUCUUCCAUCCGUCUUUUUAUGCCUAUUUCCUACUGACUAUAAAGCAUUGAUCAGCUGGUUGAUUGCAUUGUGCUCACAUAGAGACAAACAGUACAAGCUGGAGGCUUCUAGCAGAUGUAGAUGUUACGAAUUGCUACACUGUACAGAAACGCCAGUCCCCAGAAGCUACUAUUCCCGGCUUGGCACAUUAGGAAAUGUUUUACCAUGUAACUACCAGCACAACAUCAGCAUCCUGCCAAUCUCAACCUGCUUAGUCAAGUAUCAUUUAUUUGUUUUAUCGUGUUCGUGUUGAGAAGAGCGUUCCAUAUUAAACCUUCCUCACUGACCUCACAUUACGAAUUCCAAACUGGAUACUGAUUGGCCAUUAUUGCAAAGUUAUACAUUUUGCAGCAAAUUUACCACGUUGCCUCUUGGCAUUAAUUUUGUUGACAACUCUUCUGUAAUUCAAAAUGGUGAAUCUAUGGCAAUCCGCUAGAGCAAUGUUUGAUUUUCAUUUUCGAUUUUAAUUUUUCAAUUUAACUUUCUUUCCGAAAUUUCAAUUUUCAGAUCUACAUUCAUGGAGGUGGAUAUACAAGAGGAACAGCAGGAAGCUUUGAUGGACAUUCAUUCAUCGCAGCUGCUGGUGGUGACGUCAUUCUGGUUACAAUAAAUUACAGAUUGUUUGAUCUUGGACUUUUGGUAACUCGAGAUGAAAGUGUCAGAGGUAAUAUUUUGACUAAGAAAAAAACCAAAUGAAAAGAAAACAAAAACUAUUUUCACUCAUAAUUUCCUGGUGAACCACAUGCAGAUUUAAGAAAAUACCUAACUCACCAAAUUUGUGAAAAUACCUUCUGCAGCCAUAAACUAUUUUUUAGCUUCUAAGCUUAGAAUGAUCAUAGCCUAUCGAAGGGAAAAUGGCUGUGAAACUCAUUAGAAUAACAACAAUAACAUAACUGAUUAUCUAUGUUUAGUCAACGUUUAUUCAUAAAUCUGGUCGUUUCACCGUCACGUGUGUAUUGUAUUUUUACCAAAUCCACCAAUAGCAAUUUCCAGUUUCCCUAUUGUUCGAGUCACGAAUAGGUGACUUUCCUAAAACAUUGCUAUUGGUUAGUUGGGCAAGAAUACAAUACACACGUGACGGUGAAGGACCAGAUUUAUGAACAAACGUUGACCAACAUAGAUAAUGAGUUAUAUUGUUAUUCUAAUGAGUUUCACAGCCAUCUUCCCUUCGAUAGGCUAUGGAAUGAUCAUUUGUGCUCUGUUGAGAUAAAAGGCCCCGCUGAGCUAUGCCAACUAUAUGGGACAGUUCAAUCAUGAUAUGAGAUGUGGAAGAUUUUUAAUUGUCGUAAACGGCACACAUAGUUACAACUUCGACAACCUUUCUUAAUAAUUUCACGAAAUAUUAUUAAUUACUAUUAAUUUUACAACACCCUGCCCUGUUUCUAGGCACAAUGGCACUGGAUCAACAUUAUCACCAAUUCAUGAACACAACUAAUUCAGUGAGCAUGUGGGGGUAGGAGAAAGGGGGUUUGAGGGGGGGGGGGGCGGACUGCUGGCCCCAAUCAUUUCUAAGUCGGGCAUAUUAUAAUUGAAAAUCGGGCAAUUCUGCUUAAGGAUCUGGAAAAUGGUGGAAGGCAAAGAAGAUGCUCAUUAAAAUAGUGGAAAAAGCAAGAACUAUGAGACGUUGGUAAAACGUCAUAACUGAUUUCAGGAAAAAUGUUUUGCUUUGGUUGUGCAAUUUACAUCAACGGCGGGAACGAGAGCAAGCCUGGAGUGUUGCUGGAUAUAAUGCGCAUUAUAAUUACAUAUCAAGUUAAAUGAUAAAAUGUAGCUCUAUUUCCGAACUAUGUGAUGAGAAAUUGAGUCUUUCUUUGUAUCUUGCCAGGAAAUUUGGCGUUAUUCGAUCAGAGAUUAGCAUUCAAAUGGGUACACGAGAACAUUAAGCGAUUUGGUGGUGAUCCUAAAGAGGUGACGAUAUUUGGAGAAAGCGCGGGAUCAGGUUCCGCUUCAUCUCAUUUAUUGGGAAGUUGGCCAUAUUUCCAAAGAAGUAUUUUACAAAGUGGAAGCAUCACUUUUCCAAUUGGGCUCGUCGAUAUGGGUACUGCUAAAAAUAUGUCUGAGAAAUUUCUUAGGGACGUAAAAUGCAUGAAUGAUGGAAACGUUCUGGAAUGUCUUCAGAACCUUGGCACUGAAGAGAUCAUGGAACAUUACCGCACAACAGAAUACUCUAUGAGUAAAAACUUUCUGUUGCCUGUUAUCGAUGGGGCUUUCUUUAAAGAAUUACCUGAAAAAAUACUUCAAGAAGGAAGACAUAAGCACAUUGACUUAAUGAUUGGUGUUUGUGAACAUGAGGCAUUCCUUUGGCACUUUUCUAACUUACAAAACAGCCAAACAACUGAAUUCUACAUUAACUAUUUUCAACGUAUUCUUCAGUUAGAAGUUGGCGGUUUCUCCGAAAAUGUUCAUAAGAAAGCUUUGGAGCUCUACGAACCGAAGUGCUAUCAAAAUUUCGUUGAAGCAUUUAGGCCAACGAUUGAACUUCAAACUGAUAAAUACUGGAGCUGUCCGACAACACAACUUGCAAGAUCAUGGUCCACGCAAUCGAUUGGAAAAAAUGUCUAUGUUUUCAGAUUUUCGUAUAGCCCUCCUCUGGAUAUGCUGGUUUAUUAUCCUCAAGGUACUUUUGGAUUUGCUGCCCAUGCUUCGGAUGUAAUGGUAAGUGAACAAAAUAAUAUAAAAAUGUUUGCCCAAGCCAUCUGUAUGACCUCUUAGGAGCGCAGGAAAUACAGUUAGCGCAUUCCUCCUCACCUCUGAGUUAUGGCCUGACUCCUAUUAAUUUUUAUCAAUUAUUCACCUCAGUGUCGAUGAAUAGUGCAAGGAUAUUCACUUCGACGCGAAAUUGCUUUAGCAUACAUCAUAACAUUCAUAACAACACAAGAAUGGCCAAAACACGACGAAAAUAUUUUUAAAACUAAAGUUACAAACUUUAGUAUUUUUAUUCAUUAGCAAUAGUUUCAAAGAAUAGCUUUACAUACUAUGAAACCAAACUUAAUUUGUGGCUUUCUUUGUGUUUGGCGAAACACAGCUUCGUUUAGUAAAAGGAUUUGCUCGUCUGUAAUUCGAUUUUGUUUUCGGCCGGAAGUGAAUAGUGUAAGAAUAGCGAAGCAACCAAAUUGCACGAAGAGUAUAUGCUAAACUCUGAUAGCCAAAUCAACAGCACCUUAAAAUAGUAGAAAUAUUAUAACAUCAAAAUUUUGCAACUAUCUUUUUAAAUAUGAAUUUUAAAAGUAUUUUCUGACAUCAUUUCAGGGAACAUUUGGCUUCCCCAUCAACAAUACACGUUUUCCUGAAGAAGACAUGGUUAUGUCAUCUCGAAUGGUUACCUACUGGACGAACUUCGCCAAAAAUGGGUGAGUGCUUCGAAUAUAAUGAAUAACAUAUUAAUAGAUCAUGAUUUUUAUCAAAUUAAGUCAGUUGUAGAGAGGAAUAUGGCCUUUAUUCACAAUAGAGAGCUUAAGAUGUGGUAAAUCUAAAACGCGGACAUGACAGAAAAACAUACCCUAAAUUCGCAGUGUCAGCAACACGAGUAAAAAUAUAAAUUACUUUUGUCAACAAAGGACACAAGUGAAAAACAAAUUUAAACUGGUAACAAACCAAAAGAAAAGCAUAAGUCUUUUUGUCACGUCCGCAUGAAAAUGGUAUGAAAAUUAAUUGUUAUCUUAUAAUCUUACAAUCGAGAUUUUCAUGUACAAAACGCCCUUCAACUGCAUGCACUAAUCUAUUGAUCGAGAUGCCCAAAAUCUUCAUAUUCUCUACUAUUUUCUCUUAACUGUUGUUUGUUGUUCAUUUUUUAAGUGAUCCGAAUGUUGGGAUUACAAACAUCACUUACAACAAAGAAGAGUUUCAAAAGUUACCUGAUUGGCCCAAGUUUACUGACUCUAAUGAGAGAUAUUUGAAGUUCAAGGAACUUCAUGAAGUGGGAACCGGUGAAAAUUUACGUCAAAUGUAUUGUGAUUUUUGGAAUGAUCCAGAGGAAUUUACGCGCAAAAAUCCUGUUUCUUCUGGGUCAUGGAACGUCUGGUUGGCUAUAAUUAUUACGACAGCGGUUAUAACUGUCGUUGUUAUCAUUCUUUAUGCUUCGCUGAAGUACUGCCGUCGUAAACCAUACACAACACUUGUUUGA